ACUUGUUCUAAAUAUGCGAAUCAAACGAUUUGACCCUACUGUAAGAUACUGUUCAGAGCUCUUUGGUACUGUCUCAAGGGCAUAGAUAUCUCCGUAUCGUUUUUUUACAAGACACAUCGUAUUAAUGUGUAAGGAAUGGAUGCUCCUUCCACUCGUAAGCUAGCGUUUUAGUUUGACCAUACGGUCCCUAUUUUCAGCAGAACCACAAUGACAGCGUGGAGACAGGCAGCUCGCGUUUGCAGCGGUAUUAAUAGAGGAAUCAGCUUUCCCUCGCAUGCAUGUUUAACGUCUGUUGCCUCACCCAGAAGCUUCAGCACUGGAACAUCGGUACGAAAGGAUUUUUUCAAAGAUGUGGACUCACACAUCAGAGAUUUCCAGGAGAAGCUCACAGUCAUUUGGCCGGGCAGUGACUGGAACCCCUUACGCAUAACGGACGGUCUCCCUCCAGAAAGAUGCGAUAUCUUGAUUGUGGGCGGGGGUGUGGUGGGUUGGUCCAUAGCCUACUGGCUAAAGAAGAAAGAGAGGAUCCGGGAGGGGGUGCGGGUACUGGUGGUGGAAAAGGACCCCACGUACUCCCAGGCCUCCACUGUGUUGUCUGCCGGUGGGAUUCGCCAGCAGUUUUCCCUGCCGGAGAAUAUCCAUCUAUCCCUGUCCUCGGCAGAGUUCAUGAGGAACAUCAACGAAAACCUCAGUGUGUUGAACGACGACCCUGUUGACCUGCAGUUCAAUCACUCCGGGUAUCUCUUCCUGGCCAGUGAGAAGGGAGCAGAGGCUAUGGAGGAAAACUACAACACCCAGAGAUAUGCAGGGGCGAAAGUCACCCUUCUCUCUCCGACACAACUGAAGGAGAAAUUCCCAUGGAUAAACACUGAAGGUGUGGCACUUGCUUCCUACGGUCUGGAGAACGAGGGGUGGUUUGACCCCUGGACGCUACUUAACGCUUUCAGACGCAAGGCCAUGUCCAUGGGGGUGUUCCAGUGCUUUGGAGAGGUCACAGGUUUUAGGUAUACAACACGCGCAAUGGUGACAAAAGAUGGAGAGGUGGUGGACAUAAAGAGAAUUCGACAUGUAAAUAUCGGAAUGCCCAACAGUUUGGAGUACCAGCCCGUGGAGUGCUCCAUCGUGGUGAACGCCGCGGGCGCUAACUCUGGGAGGGUGGCCCAGAUGGCGGGCAUUGGAUCCGGGCCUGAAGACACGGCCAACAGCAUCUCGGUCCCCGUGGAGCCCAGGAAGAGGUUUAUCUAUGUGUUCAACUGUCCCGAGGGGCCAGGUCUGGACACGCCUUUCGCGGUCGACUAUUCGGGAUUCUACUUCCGGCGGGAAGGUCUGGGGGGAAACUACAUUACAGGGAUGUCCCCUGAGGAGGAAGAGGAACCAGAGACGACUAACUUGGAAGUAGAUCACGAGUUCUUCCAGGAGAAGAUCUGGCCCCAUUUGGCCAAUCGUGUUCCUGCAUUUGAGAAGCUGAAGGUCACGAGCGCCUGGGCAGGUUUCUACGACUACAACACCUUCGAUCAGAACGGCAUCCUGGGCCUGCACCCUCUGGUGAACAACAUGUACUUCGCCACUGGCUUCAGUGGGCACGGGCUGCAGCAGUCCCCUGCCGUCGGCCGGGCCAUCGCAGAGCUCAUUCUGGACGGGAAGUUUAAGACCCUGGACCUGACCGGCCUGGGCUUCCAGAGAAUCUUCUUCAACCAGCCCGCUCUGGAGAGGAACAUCGUGUGAGAGGGGGCGAGGAAGAGAGCCCAGGCGGAGGAGCAGGGCAGGGGAAACGAGAGGCGCCGAGACGGCCGGCCCAGGAGGAGGACCGCAGAGAGCAGAGAGGAGGAGGAACGUUGAGGAGAUGGGAGAAGGGAGGGAAACCGAAAUAGACACCAUUGUAGGAGGGAGGGUGGAAACGAGAGACUGGUUUGGAGGAAACGAUGAGCGGAACGAGCAGAAAGGAGUAAUCAGAAACUUAGAGGAGAUGGAGGAACUUUAAAACACCGCUGUAGGAGGAAGGGUUUAAACUGGAGACCGGUUUGGAGGAAGCUGAGGAGAAACGUAGAGGAGAUGGAGGAAGUGGAAUACACUACUAUCGGAGGAAGGGUAUAAGUAAGAGACUAGUUUGGAGGGCGUGUUUGUUCAUUGAGUGUUCUGGCCUGCAUGCGUAUAUGCCAUUACUCUCAGGUCAAAUAACCAAAGUUCAGCAUUCCUAAUAAUGGGUGAUGCUGAAGACCAGGUGUGUUAGACUGCACUCUCUGAAAUAAAGUGACAGUGGAGGUACAUUUUUGUUCUUCAAGGAUUGCAUUUCCCAAAUGUACCCUGAAAGUAAAGUAAUGUUUUUUUUUACAUGCAAAUGAGUACAUUUGCCAUGCAAAAAAGGUACACAUUAGUUGUCUAUUACUGGCUAGGGAUACAAUUGUGUGCACCAAUAGGGUACCGCUCCAGCAACGAUCAUUUUUACUUUUUUAGGCAGUAUUCGUACCUUUAUUUCUGAGGGCUCCUCAGAGGGCUGGAGGGCUCGAUAUCUGCCAAUCUCUGGGGCCCUUCAUAACCUAAGUGAUACAUUUAAGUCACUGACUGGCUAAAGAUUUUUUUAGAGGCCUUAAAUUACUGCAGACAGUGGACCUCCAGGACUUCAGUUUUAGAACUCUGCCGUAGACAGUAUGUCAGGUCAAAUUUCUUACCUUGGGUUUAUAGCUUGUUUCUGUUACAACUAUUAAGUAUGUUACUUCCUUCUGAGUAACAGACUGGGGAAUUCGCAAAUAAGUGUUAAACAGGAAUGGUAAAUGGGUAACUUACUGUAAGUGUUUAAAAAAUACCUUUAAAAUAUGUCAUGGCUGAGGAGCAACACUUUUCUUCCUUUAAAAACUCUUUAAAGAUUUUAAGUACUUGUGAGAUGGGAAAUUUAUGGAACGGUAAAAUGCUUCUCAAUUGUCUCAGAUUUUAACUGAUUUCAAAUACUGUACAUAUUGUAAGAUUUGGCGCAGAUGUCAGUGUAAAUGAACAGUAAUUUAUUCUCUUGACUGAGGAGAUAAUCAGCAUUAUCUCCUCAGUCAGGAGAUCUGAACAUUUUAUUGUUAAUCUUCAUAAGAUUUAUUCAGGCAAAAUAAUCACCUCCACCAGUUCAAAAUGUCUUUCUUGUUCUCUGUGGCAAGUUCAUGAUGAGUUAGGGGCGGCCUGCAGCAUAGAGGUUAAGGUACAUGACUGGGACAUGCAAGGUCUGUGGUUCUAAUCCCGGUGUAGCCACAAUGAGAUCCGCACAGCCGUUGGGCCCUUGAGCAAGGCCCUUAACCCUGCAUUGCUCCAGGGGAGGAUUGUCUCCUGCUUAGUCUAAUCAACUGUCCGUCACUCUGGAUGAGAUCAUCUGCCAAAUGCCAAUGAUGUAAUGUAAUGUAAAUGACGAGACAACUGUAAUUUUAGUAGUUUGCAAAAACAUUUAUUUUUAUAAAUACUCUGCUUAAACAUGCAGUUUUAACUCUCUCCAAGUACACUACACUGGUUGGUGCCUUGCAUGGCAGCCAAUCGCCGUUGGUGUGUGAGUGUGUAUAUGAAUGGGUGAAUCAGAAGCAUCAAUUAUACAGCACUUUGGAAUAUAGCUUUAUCAUAAAAAUUCACAUGGUUUGAUAAAUGAUGCGGUUUAUACAGCUGUCAGCUCUGAUGUUGCUUCAGUCCGAUUUGACCAUUUUCUUUGUCAAAAUAUAAAGCAAUGAGACUGCUUUCUGUUUUUCACCUAAAAAAAUAAAAAUAAACCACACGUUUGUGAAUGUUG